CCUUCACCUAAAUUAAAAGAAAAGGCACGGACUUGACCCCACUACAUCCGCCGAUACGCUAAUACCUUCCCUCGUACCUCGUACCUCGUAGUAUCGUUGUAUCUUGAAUUCAUUUGUACUCCAGUACAUCUAAAAACAUCCUACAUAUCCCAACAUCUAUCAAUUCAGAAGAGUACAGUCCAGUCGACAACAUCGAGGAUCCUUCGCACCACUCUCUCGAAUCAGAAAUAUUUGACAUAACGCAGCAAUAUAUACAUAUACCCAGGUCCCGGUAUCCUUCUUGGACCCCAACUGUUCACGGUACCUUCUCAAUAGCUCCCCCUUCCGACUUCUUGGAUUUGUAUCCUCAAAAGGUAGUAUUUAGUAUAUAUACUCGGUACUUUUCCACCAUCUGCGACUUUCAAUACAUCCAGAGUCACCUCCUCAUCUACAAUCUCCUCCAACUUUGACAUCAGUUUUAUAUUCCGAGGACUCCUCGGCACAUUCGACAAUCAAAAAGAUGGGAAGCGCAGCAGCAAAUCUGCUUGGCAGACAAUUGAAAGAAAUUCAAAAGGCAAAAGAUUUACCUGGCAUAAGCUGUGGGCUUGUGAAGGACAAUAUUUUUGAAUGGGAUGUUAUGCUCAUGUUGAGUGACGAGUGCAAAUACUAUGGCGGCGGCAACUGGCGCUGUCUUCUCUCUUUUCCCGAAAACUAUCCACAUGCACCUCCUACACUUACCUUUUGCGAUCCAAUUCCAUUCCAUCCAAAUAUCUACGCGGAUACAGGUGUUCUCUGUAUAUCCAUUUUACAUCCAUCGGGAACAGACGACUUUGGAUACGAAGAUGCAAGCGAACGAUGGACCCCAAUUCAAACACCAGAAACCAUCUUGUUAAGCGUGGUCAGUCUUAUGAAUGAUCCAAAUGAUAGUAGUCCAGCAAAUGUGGACGCGGCAAAGAUGUGGAGGGAAGCACAAGCAAAUCCCAAGGGCAAGGAGAUGAGAGAGUGGAAGUCAAGAUGCAGGGCAUUAGUCAGACAGAGCUUGGGGGACUAAUGCAGGAUGUUUUCUUCCUUUUUGAGGAGACGGUCGGUUACAAUUUGAAUUAAGAAUGUUGUUGAGAGAUUGAUAUCUGAAAGUCUGGGAGGAAGUAAUUUGUCUAUUCAGGAGUUUCAUCUACGAUUGUAGCACAACAUGGGGGUUGAUGUCGAUUGGGGCGUUGCAUGCUCUGUAUCUUUCGUAAAAACAUGGCAUAGCGCGAGGGGACGAGGAGCGUAUUAAUAUCCAAAUCUUUUGGAGAAAUUCAGACAUUUAUACCCGUGAACUAUCACUGAUACUGGGAAAGAAAAGAAAAAUAAGUCUAUCAUGCUCCUUUGAGUCGGAGUUGUCAAUUGUUGCGUAGCUCAUUUGGUUGUCCAUGACUGUAUACACAGCACCAGAUAUUAUGACUUGGUGAUCUUUGAUAUUUUGGACUCAAAAUCAAUUGUUAAGAAUGAAUCUUCUUGGAAAAGGAUAAUUAGAGGUGAAAGCCGAAGAUUAGUACUGACUAUUAUAUGAUCGACACUUGUCGGGUACUCAUAUUGAAGUGUCUGUCUUCCUUGUUAGACCUGCAAGGGCAACCAACUACUAUUAAGGUACUCUGAUGGAUUCUUAGCUCUACAAAGUUUUGGACACUUACCAAUCUUCUCCAAAUCUAUG